UUUGGUUUAUACUUUUAGUAAUGGAAUCAACCUCUUGAAGGCAAAAUGUCCAAGUUGAUUUUGUACGGAACAGAGGCUAGUCCUCCAGUUCGGGCCGCCAAACUGACCUUGGCCGCCCUUGGCAUUCCCUACGAAUACGUCAAAAUAAACACCCUGGCCAAGGAGACCCUUUCGCCCGAGUUCGUGCGGAAGAAUCCCCAGCAUACGGUGCCCACUUUGGAGGACGAUGGCCAUUUCAUCUGGGACUCACACGCAAUCAGCGCAUAUCUGGUGUCCAAGUAUGGCCAGAGUGACGCACUUUAUCCGAAAGAUCUCCUCCAGCGUGCUGUGGUGGACCAGCGAUUGCACUUCGAGUCCGGCGUGGUCUUUGUCAACGGACUGAGGGGCAUUACCAAGCCGCUCUUCGCCACCGGUCAGACCACGAUUCCCAAGGAGCGUUACGAUGCCGUCAUUGAGAUCUAUAACUUUGUAGAGACUUUUCUCACCGGACACGAUUUCAUUGCCGGUGAUCAGCUGACCAUCGCGGACUUUAGCCUCAUCACAUCUAUUACCGCACUGGCGGUAUUCGUGGACAUCGAUCCAGUAAGAUACGCCAAAAUAACUGCGUGGAUCAAGAGGAUUGAGGAACUACCUUAUUACGAGGAGGCAUGUGGCAAAGGUGCCAGGGAUUUGGUGACCCUCCUCAAGAAAUUCAAUUUUACCUUCUCAACUUAAUACUUUGUUUUUCGUAUGUAAUUAAAUUGUUAUUGUGUUCCUUAAGCUGAUUUAAAAUAUUAAAACAUUGCAAGAAUA